CGCGCGCCCGCGGAAGGGGGUGGGGGGCUCGCGCGCGCCUGGGAAAAUGUUGCGCAGAUUCUAAAAUGGAACGUUGUCGGCGGCGUGAUUGAGCGCGAGGGGGUGUGUGAGCGUGAGUAAGACAGGGACCAGCAGCAGUAGGAGCUACUACCGCACCCGCCGCCUUCUUGCAGCCGGUCCCCCCCGCAGCGGUACGGGGAGCAGCCGCCUCCUCCUUCCCCCUGCAUGGAGCUCUCUGCUAUCGGGGAGCAGGUGUUUGCGGUGGAGAGUAUCAGGAAGAAGCGCAUAAGGAAGGGUAAUGUAGAAUACCUGGUGAAGUGGAAAGGAUGGCCCCCAAAAUACAGCACAUGGGAGCCGGAGGAUCACAUCCUGGAUCCUCGCCUGGUAGUGGCUUAUGAAGAGAAGGAAGAGAAAGACCGUGCAUCAGGAUACAGGAAGAGAGGCCCUAAACCGAAACGCCUCUUAUUACAGAGGCUUUACGGUAUGGACCUGAGGAGUGCCCACAAGGGAAAGGAGAAGCUCUGUUUCUCUCUAUCACGGCGAUUUGGAGGAGGAGGAGGAAGCAAUCUGGCAGGGGCCAAGCCAGGACAGACAGAGUUAUCUGAGAAGAGUGGGGGAGGCGUCCUACCAUUCCCGCUCCGGAAGCAGCGCAAGAACCAGAAAUAUCUCCGGCUGUCGCGGAAAAAGUUUCCACGCAUGUCAAGCCUGGAGAGCCGUAACCACAGGCGUGAGUUCUUCUUGAAGGAGUCAGUGGCACUAGAGACUAGGCAAACUCCCAAUGACUGGGAUGCGACGCAGCAUGCUAGCAAAGAAGUAGGUGUGGAUGCAGUUGAUGGCAGCCUCCCCUGGAUCCCCACCUUGUCCCCCAGCGAAGUGACAGUGACAGACAUCACGGCGAACUCCAUUACCGUGACCUUCAGAGAAGCACAAGUGGCCGAGGGCUUCUUCCGAGACCGAAGUGUGCAGUUCUGAAUCUCCAUUUUUAAUGUUCCUAGUCAGAUUCUUUUGGGGGUGGGGUGAUUAUUUCAUUCUUCAAAAAAAAAUCCAAAAUGUUUCUUUUAAAAUGUUUACAGAGGAUUUUUUUUUUUUUUUUAACUGAAGUCUCAUUGAUUUUUCUUUUCCCCUUCAGAUACGCAAAAACAAAAGGCAAUGUAUGGGCAAUGUGUUUUUUGUUUGUUAUACUUGUCUGUUAUUGCUUUGUAUGUCUGAGAAACUGAUACCCCUUUCCUUGGCAAAGACUCCCCUGGUAGGGCAUCUUGAGAACUUUUUUUUCUCCAUGUAGUCCCUUUGCUCUAUUAGUUUUGGCAGCUGCAUUUAGGGUGAAAGAGAACACGGAGAUGGAGAAGGGGUUGGACCUAUUGGUUGCUUCCCUGAUUUGCAGUUGUUGUCCCUUGGGUAAAGAUGCUUCCUCUGGACAUCACCCUCCCCAUCUUCCUCCUCCCGCCCAGCUACUACAGUGAGAUGUAAUGGACCCAAUCACUUUAGGUAGCUCAAGUCUCUUACAAGCUUCCUCCCUUCCUAAUGUUUUAUCUGUGGCGGUAUUGCAGGUAAUCUGUUUGCCUGGGAAGGUAGGAAACUCCAUUGCAAAUAAUGAACAGGGCCGAUGGUUACAGUGUGAUUCCAUGAAGAAUGAAGGGAAUAUCUUCCCUCUCUGCGUGAUCCAUUGAUCCUGUAAUACAGGGGUUCUCAAACUGGGGGGCAGUACCCCUCAGGGGGUUGUGAGGUUAUUACAUGGGGGGGUUGUGAGCUGUCAGCCUCCAUCCCAAACCCCUCUUUGCCUUCAGCAUUUAUAAUGGUGUUAAAUAGAUAAAAAAGUGUUUUUAAUGGAUAUGUGGGGGGGUCGCACUCAGAGGCUUGCUAUGUGAAAGGGGUCACCAGUACAAAAGUUCGAGAACCACUGCUGUAACGCAUAUCUUUGUUACCUCCUAGCUGUGGUAUAUUAGCUACACAUACUCACUUUGGAUUUCCAAGCCUUUAAUAAAGGCCCUUUAGGAGGAUAACUGUAUAUAUUAACACAGUGGUACUCAUUUUUCUCUAUCCAGAGACCUUCCCAGAACCCUUCUCUGAUCGAGAAAUAUGGAAAGGGAAAGGUGUUUGUGUGUCUCACUCGCGCUCUCUCUCUCUCUCUCUCUCCCUCCCCCCCCCCCCCCCCCCCCAGGCUGAGAACCCCUGUACUAAAAGAUUUACCAAACCCAGACUAGUUAUAAAUAUUGUCCUGAAAAUGCAUUAAUAAGUCAGUGGAAAGGGUGGCUCUCUUCUUGGGAAGAAGGGCUCACGGAGAAAUUGAAAUAUUGCCUGGAAGUGCUGGAAAUCCACAGAUAAUGGCAGAGGCCUAGUGCAUGAGAACUAGACAGUGAAACUGGACUUUAGCUGGUCAGUUUCCACUUUUAGGUAGUUUUUUGCUCUCUGAUCAAAUUUAAAGGCCAAAAGCGAAUAGCAUAAGAGCUGGGAGGAGUCUACUAGACUUCUAACA